UGCGACGUUCUUUAAGGCGUGUUCUUCUCAAGCUAACCUCGCGCUCGUUGCGAGUUCUAUACAUUUAGUUCUAUCGCAUUUUCGGCCUUGCACAAACUUCUAAAUUGUUUUCUGCCAAAUUUGUUCAAACUGGAAAAAGUUAAAAAUAAAAACUUAAGUGCAAAUUGCAUAAGACAUAGCGAAAUUUACAGCAUCUUUUUUCUAAAAAAACACACAUCUCAACAAUGGAACCAAAAGUCUCACUAUUGACAUUUGCGCUUAUUGCAGCACUUUCCUGCCCUAUUUAUGCUGCGAAAAUGCCUGAUUAUAUAAAAAUCUGUCAUCGAAGUGAUCCAAAGAUAGCCGAAUGUGUUAAGGACUCAGUACACUCUCUGCGACCAUAUCUGGCUGACGGCAUUGAGGAGUUGAGUGUGCCCUCGAUGGAACCUCUUUAUAUAGGCGACUUAAAUAUAUUGGAAGGUGGCGCCAAUGGAAUCAACGUUAAAGUGAAAAAGCUGAACGUUUACGGAUCGUCCAACUUUGAAAUAAAAAAAAUUAGAUCUUCGGACGAUGCUAAGCGUUUCGAUUUUGAACUGGUUUUGCCUUAUUUGCAUGGUGAAGGCAAUUACAAUAUCAAUGGACAAUUAUUGGGCUUAACGCUGCGUGGUAACGGCCCUUUCACGGGAAAUUUCACCAACUUUUACGCCUAUGUGAAGGUAGUCUUCGAAGUAACCAAUGUGAACGAUGUCGAUAUGAUUGGUGUUAAGGAAUUAGUUGUGAAAAUUCGUACAGGCAGCGGAAAUAUUCAUUUACAGAAUCUAUUCGGCAAUGAUAAAACGCUCGGUGACAUCAUAAACGAGACGAUUAAUCAGAACUUCGAGCUCUUCACUAAUGAAGUCAUACAACCCAUCGAGCGCGCUUUGGAAAAGAAAUUUAGCUCCGUCGCAGGUAAAAUCCUGAGUAGUUUUACCUAUGAUGAACUAUUUCCUCUGUAAACGCACGAUAACUGUAUUUUAAGUGUUAAUCAUGGCUACUGACUUGUAAAGUAAUUAAAUAUUUAUCUAUAUAUUUUAGAAAAAUUUAAUUUUUUACAACGGUGCGUUAACAUCAAAAAUAUAUACCCGUACUUUUGAUUGUUUAUCGCAUAAAACCUUGAGCCCAUAUAUUUAUAAUUUUAUUCUAUAUUAGCAACAUAAAUGUACUUGAGAGUACAAUGAAAAUUAUGUGAUAUAAAACUAUGUAAAACCCAACAGUUUGUAAUAAUUUGUAGUGUGAACAAAUAAAUAAUAUAUGAAUGUAGCUCUUUUGAAAUAAAA